GGGCAGUAGAGUUCACAUAUCGAACGCUAGUCAGCUAGUAGAGGAAGACUAUUGUUACUAGACGAUACAGACGCAUUAACUGGAGGAACAGCAGUGUUAACACAUCCUAUCCAAAAUGGUUAACGUCUUGAAAGGAGUUCUCGUUGAAUGUGACCCAGCUAUGAAGCAAUUUCUUCUAUAUCUGGAUGAGACGUCAGCGUUGGGGAAGAAAUUCAUCAUCCAGGAUUUGGAUGACACACAUGUUUUCAUCCUAGCUGAAGUUGUGCAGAUUCUCCAGGAGCGAGUAGGAGAAUUGAUGGACCAGAAUUCAUUUCCCAUCACCCAGAAAUAAAUGUCUGUAUCUGACAGCAGACCCUACAGUCUGUGAGAGCAGAUGGAUGUAGAGAGCACAAUUGCACAAACACAGAUGCAACUGAAAUAUAUAGAUGACUGCCCACCAGAAUGAUGCAUAUUCUCCUUGGUUUAAUUUGACUGUGUGGCAUAAGUUCUUCAUCUGAGUGAAUUAUAAUGUUGUGUUUUAAGUUGCAUAUGUUUCAAAGACAGUUUCUUGAAUUGUUGCUGUGUUCUGAAAGUAUCAUUAAUGUAUUUUUUUGUCUGGAAAAUGGCAUUAGCUACAGAAAGAAACAACUAAUUAUUAUAUAUUAUUUACUUUUUUCAACAUUUCAAUAUUGUGUAAAAAGUACAUCUUACUACUGAAAGCAGAUGGUUGAAGACAGUGAUAUUUAUAUACAUUCAUAAUAUACAAGCAUCAAAUAAUAAAACUAAAGACAAUAUAACAAA